GUGUGAGAGCUGAUAAAUGCGCAUGCGCGGCACCACUGCGACCCCUCUACCGGUUUCCUGCGCGCGCUGCCACGUUUAGUACCGACGGAGUUCAAACCCCUGCAGCAGCGACGUAUAGCAGAAGUAAAGCGAAGCAGCUGCGUGUUUAGGGGACAUCCGAGAGGCUGAAACUCUUAAAAGUACCACAAAGGAGCUGAUAAUGAAGUCGGUGGUCCUGUGCGCGCUCGCGCUGGCGCUCGUAGCCGCGGCUCACAUCCCGGAGGAGGACGAUGUGCUCGUGCUCAACAAGAGCAACCUGGACGAGGCUCUGGAAGCUCACCCCAACAUCCUGGUCGAGUUCUAUGCACCAUGGUGCGGUCACUGCAAAGCCCUCGCUCCAGAAUAUGCCAAAGCAGCAGGAAUCCUCAAAAGCGAGGGUUCGGACAUCCGCCUGGGCAAAGUGGACGCCACGGAGGAGACGGAGCUGGCGCAGGAGUUUGGGGUCCGCGGUUACCCCACCAUCAAAUUCUUCAAAGGUGGAGAGAAGGCCGCGCCCAAGGAGUACUCGGCUGGUCGCCAGGCUGAUGACAUUGUGAACUGGUUGAAGAAGAAGACCGGCCCGGCCGCCGCCCCUCUCAGUGAGGUCACGCAAGCAGAGUCUCUCAUCGCAGACAACGAGGUCGCCGUCAUCGGCUUCUUCAAGGAUUUGGAGUCUGAUGGAGCUAAGACCUUCAUCAAAGCAGCAGAGACCAUUGAUGACAUUCCCUUUGGUAUCACCUCUGAUGAUUCCGUCUUCUCCAAGUUCGAGGUCACUAAGGACGCCGUGGUGCUCUUUAAGAAGUUCGACGAGGGACGGAACACCUUCGACGGCGAGCUCACCAAAGAGAACCUCCUGAUCUUCAUCAAGGCCAAUCAGCUCCCACUGGUCAUCGAAUUCACCGAACAGACGGCCCCCAAGAUCUUCGGAGGAGACAUCAAGUCCCACAUUCUGCUGUUUGUGCCCAAAGCCAGCAAAGACUUCCAGGAGAAGCUGGACCACUUUAAGAAAGCAUCUGAGGGCUUCAAGGGCAAGAUCCUCUUCAUCUUCAUCGACAGCGAGGUGGAGGAUAACCAGCGCAUCUUGGAGUUCUUCGGCCUGAAGAAGGAAGAGUGCCCCGCCCUGCGCCUCAUCACCCUGGAGGACGAGAUGACCAAAUACAAACCCGAGUCUUCAGAGAUCACGGCAGAGAACAUCGUCAGCUUCUGCACGGCGUUCACCGAGGGCAAGCUGAAGCCUCACCUUAUGAGCCAGGACGUUCCUGACGACUGGGACAAGAACCCAGUCAGGGUCCUGGUGGGCAAGAACUUCGAGGAGGUCGUCUUUGACCCCGCCAAGAACGUCUUUGUGGAAUUCUACGCGCCCUGGUGUGGCCACUGCAAACAGCUGGCGCCGAUCUGGGAUCAGCUGGGAGAGAAAUACAAGGACCACGCAGACGUAGUGGUGGCCAAGAUGGAUGCCACAGCCAACGAGAUCGAGAACGUUAAAGUCCACAGUUUCCCCACGCUCAAGUUCUUCCCAGCAGGAGACGAUCGCAAGAUCAUUGACUACAGUGGAGAGAGAACGUUGGAGGGCUUUACAAAGUUCCUGGAGAGCGGAGGAAAGGAGGGUGGAGCACCAGCUGGAGAUGACGUCGAUGAUGAUGAGGUCAGUGAUUUGGACAAUGAGGACAUCGACGAUGUCGACACAGAUGGAGAUGGACACGAUGAGUUAUAAGGUCAGGAGAGAGAGAGAGAGCGAGAGAGAAGAGAGAGAGAGAGAGAGAGACGAACCCCUUCACCAACCACCACUUCCACUACUCUAAGCCCUCUCUGUCCCAGGAACCUGCAAACUUCUCCCAAACAACCAUAUAGACUUUUUUUUUUACACCACGAUGGAUGACCAUGAAGAAGAAAACACCGUUUUAGGAAGGAACUGAACGGAGACCCAACUAUUGAGCCUCGUUUUGGCAUUAAAGCUUUCUCCUGUCUGAUAGUUAGCAUCUGGAAGGUUCUACCAGGGGUCUCGAUGUUUAAAUUGGGAGUUUGAGUUUGGUGGCUGGGACAGACAGCUCCAUCACAGGGCGUCGGGUGUUUAAGAAAAAAAAUACAGUACAUUCUCACGUAAAUCAAACACAGAUGUAGCUGAGACCAAGCUUCCUGUUUUCCUUUUUUUUUUUUUUUUCCCCCUUGUGUGCAUUUUUUUUUUCUUCCCCUUCUUCUAUUACCAUUAAUACAUAGCUACUGAUUUUUUUAAUGAUAUGAAAGUUAUCUAUUUGUUGUAUUUAAUUCUAUUUUUCCAGUUUUUAUUUGUUAGGGUCCGUUGACCCUCUAAGCCGUGAAGGGGGAACAAUUCUGUACCACUGUGUUGUUCUUCACGCCAGCAGAGAUUUCAUCUCAGUUACUGAAACCCUUUCAGAAAUAUUCCACCUUUCGCUCUGUGUCUCCUCUCUGUACACGACGCGGUGUUGUAGGACAGGAUAGCGGUGGGGGAGGUGGGGGGGGACGUGUCCGUGAACCCAGUUUGUCGGGUUCUUUCAUUUCUUUCACACGUCCAUGGUCAGGGUUGUAAAUGUGCCGUUUUAUCCUCCAUCAGUUCCUGUUGUUCAGAGUGUUGAUGUUAAAUGGGGAGGAUUUGGGUUUAUACAUGGAGGGAAUUUUUAUUUUUUUUUUUUUUUUUUUUUUUUUUUUUUUUAAACUAAGGUGUAAAGAGCGAAAGAGGAAUGAAAGAGUUGAAAGAAACGAAGCAUUCCAUCAUACUUAAAGGAAAAAAAAUGUGGAAAAAUAAACUGGUGGCUAAAUAAACAACAGAAUGGUGAAA